GUUCUGUUCGUUUUCGGCCUGUUUGGUACUUUUAAAUUUAAAUUGAUAUUAAACGAAAUGCUGGUCUUUUAGAAGUAACAAAACUGAAAAUAUGUUGAAAACUAUAUUAAAAAAUAUGUGUUUAAAACGUACAAAAUUAGCUCGGUUCAGUUCUCAAAAUACAAAUAAUAUAAAUAAUGUUAGCGAAAAUUCUGCAUUCCAAACCCAAUGUAAACCUGUUGACCUGUCCUUUGAAACGAAAAAAAUGUACGCAGCGUUUCCUUCUAUUUGCGAAGAAAUUGUUGAUGAACAGCUUAUUUAUCACCAAGCAUAUCCGGAACUCCGAGAAAGGUACUUCAAUCUGUUAGAGUAUACUGUCAAUAUAGAUCAACCAAGGAAUAUUGGCAAGGGAAUAUUUUUUGUGCAUUCCUACAGGAUGCUGGAAAAGCCUUCAAUACUUACAGAUGAUAACCUCAAGAAAGCUUGCGUGCUUGGGUGGUGCCAGAGAAUGGUUGACGUCAGUGUAAUAAUUGACGAUGACGUUUUUGAUGUCUCAGAUUGGAGGUACAAUAAACCAACUUGGCAUUCCCUCAAAUGUGUUGGACAGAACAAGGCAAUCUUAGACGCAGCUUUUGUGGAAUCAUCAGUAUGGUACCUUUUAAUAAAACAAUUCAAAUCUCAUAAAUAUUUUCCUGAUAUUCUAAAACAAGUUUUGAUGUCGUAUGCUGUAACCCAGACAUCUCAAUGUUUAGAACUAACAAAAUAUGACGUCAAAGAUUUGGACAAGUAUACAUACUCCGUGAGAGGAUAUGGUUUUGCCGCCCCGUUGUUAAGAACUGCUUUGUAUUUGGCUAAUAUUGAAGAUAAGGAUGCUCACGAAUUUUCAGAAAAAAUAACUAACGAUAUGUCACAUUUCAUCAAAUGUGAGGACGAUUUCAAUGGGGUAUUUAACCCAAUGUCAGACAUACAGAAGUCAUGCACUGAUAUCUCAGAAGGAAGACCUUCGUGGCUAGCAAUUCAAGCUUAUCAGAAAAGUAGCCCAGCUCAAAAGACCAUACUCGAACAACAUUAUGGUAAAGCAAAUAAAGAAUCAGUAAGCAAAUGUUAUGAGUUAUUCAAAGAACUCAAACUGGACCAAGUUUUUACAAAAUAUAGAGAAGUUUUCUACAAUGAUAUUUAUUUAAAUAUUCAUAAAAAUAUGCCAAAAAAGUUACCUAAGGAGCUGUAUUUGAAUUUUUUAAAUUUCUGUAUGACGGGUGCUCUAAGAGUUUAAUAUAAAUAAAGAU